AUAAAUUGGGCCUUAACUCUACACUCAAUAAAUAUCUGUAAACCCAGGUAUAAAUAGACCUAGGGUUUCGAUUCCGCCUGAACAUCACAUCUGCAAGAGCCGCAGCCGUCAUCGUCGUUGCCGGAGUAAAUCGCAAUUCUCUGCAGAAACAAGAUGGCUUAUGCAGCAAUGAAACCAACAAAGCCAGGGCUAGAAGAGCCCCAAGAACAGAUUCACAAGAUCAGGAUUACCCUUUCAUCUAAGAAUGUUAAGAAUCUUGAGAAAGUGUGUGCUGAUUUGGUUCGUGGGGCGAAGGACAAGAAGUUGAGAGUCAAAGGACCUGUUAGAAUGCCAACUAAGGUUCUUAACAUCACGACUAGGAAGUCCCCUUGUGGUGAAGGUACAAACACAUGGGACAGAUUUGAGCUUCGUGUCCACAAGCGUGUUAUUGAUCUUUUCAGUUCUCCCGAUGUUGUGAAGCAAAUUACUUCCAUCACCAUUGAACCCGGUGUUGAAGUUGAGGUCACCAUUGCUGAUUCUUAGAUGUAUGUUCAAUGAUGGUGUUAAGAAUGUCUUUUUGUCGCGUGUAUGAGUUUCAUUUCACGUAGGAUUUUAAACACAUUUUGAAAGUUUUUUAAGUAUUUGUUUGGAAGAAAUUCAGAGUUUUUAAAUAUUUGUGACAUUGAGGUCCCUUUCUUGGCCUUUGUUGCGGCUUGCC